AUGUCCACUCCAGUUGACAACUCUUUGACUGGUCUCAAGGCAUCCACUGCCCAGAUCAUGGCCAUCAUCAGCAGCACCCAACAGAUUCCCCUGGGUAACAGCCACUUUUCUCUGACAACACAGGUCAGUUCACUUGUGGCUCAAGUGAUCAAGGACUAUGGGUCUGAACACCUGCCCAGCAUCGUGCUUUCAUGCUCCAAGGAGCUAUUGCAUGUCCAGGGCAUGACUCCCCAGGUCUGGCCCAACUGGCACAACAUUGGGUACAAUGAUCCCUGUCUCUUGAUGCACGUCUGGUGCCCCAAGCUCCUUGCCUGGGAGGCCUCAGGUGACCAUACCUUUGAUCUCCCAGUUGCUGCUCCUCCCUCCACAGGUCCAAUUCCAGUGGACCUUCCCUCCCCACCCAUUUGCACCAGCAAUGUCACCAGUCCCUCCACCAGCACUACCACCAAGUUCUGGGACAAGGGGAAAGGUAAGGCCAUUGAUGCUGACCUGGAGCCUGAGGUGGAAGGGAGCUGGAAGAGGAAGUCUCCCAUGAUUUCAGGACUCUCCUCCCAACCACCAAAGUCUGUGAUGAAGACUUGCAAGCAUGCAAAGUCCUCUUGCUGGGUGACAUCCAAGCCCCUAGUGGACUUGGAAGAUGAGGAAGACGUGGGUAUUCAGGUGGAGUGCCAGAUGUCAUCCUUCCCUGGCUCUCCAAUUCACCUAGAUCACCCUGGGUUCCAACCACAAAGCCCUUUGGCCCAGGCACCCCCGGUCAUUGAUGGAGGUGAUAUUCUCAUUCCUGGACCAAACAACCCAUGCCAGGUUUGCACCAAGCUAAACUGGGACUGUGCAACUCAGUUGGACAAGAGGACCAGGAAUCUGUCGACUAUGGGUACCCCACCAAAACACGUUUGUGGGUCCUCUACCACCUGGAACACAAGGUCCAGGACGCCCUCCAAGGCUCCCUCCAAAGCUCCCCCCACCUCCCAAUCCAAGGCCUGGACUCACAGUCAGUCUCAUGGCAAGUCCAGAACUCUGGGUGUCGCAGCUGUGACAACCCCCAAGACCCAGAUGUGUGGUCACAGCAAGACCAUCACUACCAUCAAGGCACCUGCACCUACACCAGCUCAUAAGUCACCCAAGUUUUCACCUCCAUCUUCAAGUUUGGCAGUCCCUGCUCCAGCACCCAGUCUGGCAGUCCCUGCUGCAGCACUUGACCUGCCCAUGCUGGAUCUCCAUGCCAUGGCAAUUGUGAUUUGGGAUGGUGCAGCUUGCAUCGCCAUUCUCAAGGCUCAUGUGGCAGAGCAGGAUGGUAAGAUUGAUACCCUGCAAUGCCUCCAUGAAGGCCUUAGGCAUGAAAUCAUCGACCAGCACCCCACAUUCCCACUUCCUGAACCUCCAGCCAAUGCAACAUCCUUGUUGCUUGAUCAAUCCAUCCCCCUGUCCAUGUCACCAUCUGCAUCUGCACUCCCCCCUCCCAUUGAUCUCUUGAUUGGAGAGAUGACACCCGCAACCCCAAAAUUUGAGGAUGCCUCUGCCAUUGAGGGCCUCCUGUUUGAGUGCAACCAGGUUGUUCAACCAGAGCUUCCAGAUACAUCCAGCAAAAUUGUGGACCCAGGUGAUCCAGGCAACCUGGUCCCAGAAUAUGAUUCUUCCAAUGACAUGGAUGUUGAGGUGAAUGUUGAAGUGUCUUCUGAGGAGGUUGACAUGGCUACAUAA